UAUAUAUCUCAAAAACCAGUUUAAAUUUAUAACUUCAAAAUUCAACUAAUUUAUCAUGGCUGGAACUGGAUCUGAAAAUACAAAGGAAUGGAAAGUCCUGUUUGUUUGCCUUGGAAAUAUUUGCAGGUCACCAAUAGCUGAAGCUGUAUUUAAAAAAGAAGCCUUGGCUGCUGGAUUGAAAGUUUACGUAGAUUCAGCUGGCAUAAUUGACUAUCACCAUGGGAAGACACCUGACUCCCGUGCUCAACAGACCAUGAAGAAACACGACGUGCCCAUGGAUCACAGAGCCAGGCAGAUAAAGAAAGAGGACUUCACAAAAUUUGACUUCAUUUUCGGCAAAGAUGAGGAGAACAUGGAUGAUCUAAAACGCAUGAAGCCUGCCAACAGCACUGCAACAGUCGAACUUUUUGGCAAAUAUCACACCAAGAAAAACCUCAUCAUCAGAGACCCAUACUAUGACGAGGGCAGUGAAGGCUUCGAGGAAUGUUACCAGCAGUGCGUUGUUUGCUCUCGAGGCUUCAUAGCACAUCUCAAGUCCUUGAAAUAAUUUUGAAAUCUAACUUUCAUUAUUCAUUCGGAUUCCAUUUUCGUCCAUAUUUACGUGUUACUUCAGUGUUCGUCGGAAUGUCCAGCAUUUAUAAUAUUCUACAUCUCAGUCUGCCGUGACAAACCGCGGCGAUAUACAUAGUUUAAGUUUGUUCCACUUCUUAUAUAAUUUAGAUUUUACUUAACAGAUCUUAUUUGAUAAGUUGUCUUCCUAAAAGAAUCUACUUUGAGACUACAGAUUUGUGCCGCUAUGUAACUUUACCUUCACAACAAAAAUGUUGCGAGUGAAAUCGGUCAUUGAGCAUAGAAAUGAAAAACCGAAAAUAUAAGAUGUUAGCUCGAGGCAAUGAGAUUAAUUUGGUACGCAUCAAGUUCGUUUUUCAGUGUAAUAAAACACAGUGAAAUUGAUAAUUCUCAUUUCAAGCAUCUUUUUCUAUUUCAGAGUACGAAGUGGCUCAAUCUGUUAGGUUUUUUCAUAACUCUGUUUUGUUAUCCGUCCUUCCAAUAAGGUUUUUCAUAAUUCUGUUUUGUUAUCCGUCCUUUCAAUAAGAAACAUGAUUUUUUAGACGAAUGAAGAUCUUCGAAAGGAGCAUAAUUAUCACCUGUAAUUAAGAGCGUAUAUAAUUUAUAACAAAAUUAUAGAUGGAAAAUUGCUUAGUUUCCGUUUCUGUUCGUAUGCCUGAAUUAAAACGAAAGGAUACAAUGUAGUGUAUUUAGGUUGCUUUCUCCAAAUCGUUAAUGCGAUGAGCGACAUUAGAAAAAUUCUUUGCGGUAAUACCUGCUAUAUUUCUGGGCGAUUUCCUGCUAUAUUUCUUUUACGUUUUGAUUGUUUUAAAUCACGUUAAAUAAACUGAAAAUUUAA